UCCCUCAUCUCUUUCUCCCAACCCUUCAACAACAGCAAAAAAGGACCUCCAAAACUUAACAACCAUACCAUGAAGAGCUUAUAACCUUAAGAGAGAAAAAAAAUAUAUGGAUAGUUCAGCUACAAAAUUGAUCCCUUUUCCCCAAGACCUUCUCCUUUCCCCUUCUCACCUCAAGGAUUGUAGCAAUUGAUUCAUCCUGAAUUCCAAAUUCAAAACAAAAGCAAAGGAAGAAAGAACAAGAGUGAUACCCACAACUCUUCUUUCUCUUUAUCUGCUUCUAUAGUUUGCUUCUUUCUAUUUCAUCUCUGGUAUUUUGUAUGAAGAAGACAGUGUCUUGGAGAAGAAGAAGAAGAUAAAGAGAAGGAAAAGAAAAGAUGGAUCAAGUAACAGCAUCAGCUCAUGGUCAUUCUCUUCCCCCUCCUUUCCAUGCUAGAAAUCUCCAUCUACAUCAUUCUCACCUUCAGCAACAACACCAAUACCACCAGCAACAACAACAACAACCCAAUUCUGAAGACGAAAAUAGCGGCAGCAGCGGCCUAAACAAAGGUAAGAAACGGGAUCGCGGCGACGACAGCAAUGGAAACGAUGAUAACAACAACAGUGACGGAAGGGAGAUAGUUCUUGGUGGUUCCAACAGUGGAGAAGGAGGAGAGAUCACUAGGAGACCUCGCGGUAGACCUGCAGGCUCCAAGAACAAACCUAAGCCCCCAAUCAUCAUAACUCGGGACAGUGCAAAUGCCCUAAGAAGCCAUGUCAUAGAGAUUGCCAACGGCUGCGACAUCGGUGAAAGUGUCGCCACAUUCGCCCGCCGCCGCCAGCGGGGAGUCUGUAUUCUAAGUGGUAGUGGUACUGUUACUAAUGUUACUCUCCGGCAACCAGCUGCACCCGGUUCGGUCGUAACAUUACAUGGCCGUUUCGAAAUCUUAUCUCUUUCGGGCUCUUUCCUGCCACCGCCGGCGCCACCAGCUGCAACUGGAUUGACUAUAUAUCUAGCAGGUGGACAAGGCCAGGUUGUCGGCGGUGGCGUCGUUGGUGCACUUAUGGCAUCGGGUCCGGUUGUAAUUAUGGCGGCUUCAUUCGGUAAUGCCGCAUAUGAACGGCUUCCACUUGAAGAUGAGGAGCAACAGCUUCCAAUGCCUGGGGAAGGCCUUGAACCGGGAAUGGUAGAUCAACAACAGCAGCAGCAGCAGCAACUAAUGCCAGACCCUAACACACCACUUUUUCAUGGGUUACCACCCAACCUUCUCAAUCCUAAUCAAUUACCAGCUGAGGCCUAUUGGGCUAAUUCUGGUCGCCCUCCUUAUUGACAAGAAAAGAAAAGCCUUUUGAGAAAUUUAAAGGUGAUGGAGGAGAAUUAGGGUUGUUUUGAGACCAAGAUUAUCUUUUGGUUCUUCUUCUUCUUCUUUUAUCUUAGAUCUUGUUUUGGAUUAUUCAUAUGACUGUGGAUUGAAGAAGCGUGUACAAAUCAAGGAAUUCUUCUUGAGUUUUGGUUUUACAACGAUAGCUACUGUUACUUGUUCCAAGUAUUUAAGAGCAUAGAAGAAGAAGAAGAAGAAGAAGAAGAAGAAGAGCAGCAAUUAAAAGGCAACAUCAGGAGCAUAGAAGAGCAAGAAGAAGGAAGAAGCAUGAUGGGCUUUUUUUCUCUCUCUUUCUAACUUUCUCCUUUUCUUUCUUCUUUUUCUGUUGGAGCUCUGGUAACUUAUCUGAUAAUUCUUCUUGCUCUGCAAAAGAAAGUUGACGGUUUGGUGUUUCCAUGAUGUACUUUUUUCUCAAUCAUAGAUUAGUUUUUGUCUGAAUGCUUCAGCUUUCAUUA